UUUUCUCCGCCGACUGGGGGCUGCAGCGGCCGCUGCCACAAGCCUCCGCCUCUUGGUGCGCGAACACGAUCCCUGUCCCUUCCCCCCUCCGCCAUCCCCAGCCUCUUCUCCACGCCUCCCCCCAUGCAUGACCCUGGCUCCGUACGCCUGUCCCAGUGAAGCUCCGCUCCUUCAUGCAAGUAACUUCAAAACUUUGCCUAAAGGAAGAGGGAGAAAAAAAACAAAAAGCGAUCAAAAAGGGGGAUCUGAGGGCUUUAUUUCUUCGUCCAACCCUCACUGUAGGCCUGCGGUGGGGUGGACCCGGAGCAGGCCGAAACUUAAGGAUGUGGAUCUGCUAUCUCCUGCUGAGUUCGGGAUCGUUAUCCAGCUUUGUCGAUAGCCAGCUGCUUCCCGGAAACAACUUCACCGCGGAGUGCAACAUCCCGGGUAACUUCAUGUGCGGUGAUGGGAAGUGUGUCCCAGGGAGCUAUCAGUGCAACGGUCAGCCCGACUGCUUGGACAGGAGCGACGAGAGGAGCUGCCCCAAGCUGAGAUCCAAGUGCGCAUCCACGUUCUUCGCCUGUGCCAACGGCGAGCACUGCAUCAUUGGCCGCUUCCGCUGCAACGGCUUCAUCGACUGUCCGGACGGCAGCGAUGAGGAGAACUGCACGGCUAACCCUCUGGUGUGCUCCGCCACCCGCUUCCACUGCCACAACGGGCGCUGUGUCGAUCGCAGUUUCCUAUGCAACGGCCAGGACAACUGCCUGGACAACAGCGAUGAGGAGGAAUGCCACACCACACCCGAGGCUCCCAGGCAGGACUUUGUGACGCUGGACUACCGACUGCGCUACUACCCCAGCAUCACGUACGCCGUCAUCGGCAGCGCUGUCAUCUUCGUCCUUGUGGUGGCGCUGUUGGCCCUGGUGCUGCACCACCAGCGGAAGCGCAGUAUGCUGAUCCCGCGCGCCGUUCGGCCCGGGGGGCACCAGCAGCCGCUGCUCCUGUCCCGCCUCGUCAUUCUGGACCGGGCCCACGCCCCGGGCCUUUCGCCGACCUCCGGCAUGUUCAGCAGCCGCCCCAGCCUCCACCUGCUCUCCAGCGCCCUCUACCCUGCGGGGCACCCCAUGGACUCCCCGCCCUCCUACUCCCAGGCCGUGCUGGACGUCAGCCGCCCCCCCUGGUUCGACCUCCCGCCUCCACCCUAUCACCCUGACGAGGAUUCUCCACCCCAGAGGGGUCUUCCCCAGUACGAGGCCCGCUCAGCCCCACCCGCCGAGUCCAUCCAUCCAGAGAGGACCCCGGCCAGCCCCAGGGAGCAGUCGGAUCAGCUGUAAUCCGCUCUGCUGUUGCCUGUGCAUGAACAUCAGGUCCAACUGGGCCAGUCAACAUGGAGCUCCGUUUGGAGCUCCUGCUUCUUCUUCUGGGGGAUUCUAUGGAGAACAGCAUCACCCCUGCUUCUCUGCAUGUAUCGAAAUGCUCUUCCCCCAGCGGAGGAUGGGUGAAGCCGCCACACCUCACUGACGUUGGAGUACACCCACAUGCUGCUCCGUACGAACCCCGGCAACAUGUACUCCCGAGGUACGCUUGGUAGGGUGAUGCGCCACUAACACCCUUCUCCAGCAGAGGGCACUCUAGCGCACUUUCAGUGUAUAAGCUCAACAUGUAGCUCUUUAUCGACUGGAAUGUGUGUUUUCAGUAUGAUUUCAGAUAUUUUUACUAGUUUUUCACUAGUAUUUUUACCAAUGUUUUCACUGCUUACAAUAUGACCAUCGGGGAAGAUGGUGGUGCAGGAGGUAGUGCUAUGUCCGGCAACCAUCGGGUCGCAGGUUCGAGCCCUGAUUCCUCCUGUCCCCAUCAAAGUGUCUUUGAGCAAGACACUGAACCCCAAAUUGCUCCCGGUGAGCAGGUUGGCACCUUGCAUGGCAGCCUCUGCCACCGGUGUAUGGAUGGGUGUAUGAAUGGGUGAAUGUGAGGCAUGAAUUGUAAAGUGCUUUGAGUACUCGUAGGAGUAGAAAAGCGCUAUAUAAAUGCAGUCCAUUUACCAUUUAUGACAAUAUGAUGUGUAAAAAAUGUAAUGUUUGUGUAAGUAUGUACAUAUAUGUAUAUUCUUAUGUAUAUAUGGUGAUUCCACAGAUAAAGUAAUAUUGAUGUAAGUAAUACGGAAUCUGAAGGUAUUUAAAGAAGGGUUUAUGACUCCAUAUGAGUGCAUGUGGUAAAAUACUCAGGAGUUUGGUCUGGUCCCAGAAACUUGCCUGUUAAUUUUCACUCCCAUUGGCCUGCAAGGCAACAGUGCCUCCUAGUGGCACUGGAUGGAAAUAGUGCCACAAGGAGACAGGUCAUGUUGUCCAUGAUGCCUCCUGACACUUUCUGCUUCUGCGUUUGCUGUUCUCAUGAUCCUUGUGUCGGAGCCCUGCCUUGAGCUGCGGGGAGUUCUACCGACUUUUAAACUGGAGUACAAGCUUAGAGGAGCUGCUUGCCAAGGAUUGUAUGGGGGGGAGGGCCAAUCGUAGGGCCCAAUUGCAUUGAUCCUCAGUAAGGCUAAAAAAUAUUAGAUGGUACAUUAGGGCGGAGCUUAAUGCUCCCCCCCUUCUAUGAUGUCAUAAGCGGGAGGAGGCGUAUCCCUUAUUCUGACUGGUCGAGAGGUUAUCUCCACAUAACAUACAUGCUUAAACCAUGUGUUGUCGAUAGGGGCCAUAUGGUUUGGGGAGAUAAGGGUUGCCGUUAAACUUUAAUAGAAUAAAAUGCAUUACAUGUAUUUAUUUAUAUGUUAUUUUUAAUUACGUUUUUAAGGAAUAAUAAAACAUAUGGCAGGAUGAAUACAAGCUAGCGCAUACACGUCCAGCGGGGGUCCGUCCGGCCGUAGCCACGGGUUGUUAGGAGUAGGCACAAGCGCUACGGCGUAUUUUAAAAGAAGAAAGCACCAAAAUGUUUUAAAGAAGAAAAACUUUAGCGUUAUUUUUUUAAAAAAAGAAAGAAAAGCAGGCGGAAUUUAAACAAGUACAAACAUGCCGAACGAAACACUGUCAGAGGAGCAAAUGCUGAGUUUAAACAAGCACAAGCGAAACCAAAUUAACAUACAACAUGUCGUUUUAAAAGAAGAAAGCAUUCUUUCUUCCAACAUGUUAAAAGAAGAAAACCUUUAGCGGUAUUUACCAGUGUUUUAUUUCGUUGUUAGGUUGAAGAAAGCAUUUUAACCAGGAAGCUUUUAGGAGGAAUAACCUUUAAGUCCGACGGUAGCUAAAAGGCAAAAUGAGCGAGUCCCGCAGCUCUGGUACGUGUGACCUGAUUGAACAAUGCGGCUGAAAUGAUUGUCCGAGACUGCCCCGAUCUUGCGCAUGCGCACUCAUGCAGACACCCCAUUUCAAAAUGGCGGCACCAAUGGGGCCACUUGUUGCCCUUUUAUUUCAAAUAAGAACCUUUAACCAUAACGUUUUUUAAGUAAUGAAACGGCCAAUGUGUUAUUUAAAAUAAAACAUCCUAAGCAAUUCGACAACAAGAAUCAAGGAAUAGCGUGGGCAAUCCUUCUUAAAAUGACCCGCUCUCUCUCCAUGUCACGCUUGUGCGUAAACGAUCCCCACACAACACUAUCUUUUAUUGAAAACAGCUGAGGCAAGUAGUUUUCUGAAUUUUAAAGUGUGUAUAAAAUAAGUAUAAAAUGUUUUAUAAAGCAUAUAGCCAACGAUAAUUAAUAAAGAAUUUAAGCAUAAUAUCCCACACGUACCCCAGCCUAUAGCUGGUAGAAAUGGCUCCAUCCUGGGGCCUACAAGAUAAAAGCAUAUGGCACCAAAUUGGAAUAAAUAGUCUUUAAAAGAAGAAAAUACAUUACAUAAAUUUAUUAAUGCGAUUUUUGAAGUAUGUUUUAAGGCAUAAUAAAAUUUUAAACAAUUUUAACAGGGUCACCGGACGCAUCAAGCUUUUCUAGUUAGAAAAGAAAGAGGGUAUGGCAGUUUUAAAUGGUAAAGGUAGUAGUUAUGGAUCGUAGUUAAAGGGGUAUUCUUUAAACAAAAUGCACUAUUUUAUAUCGCACAAGCGUACAACCAAGGGUUGGCCUUUAGAGUUUUAUAAUCAAACUCAGUCAAAAAACACCAGACAUAUAUUGUUUACAUUUUUACGGAUUUUUAAGAGUCUUGACCGAAUAAAGCCUUAGCUAUUUUAAUAAAAACAUUUUUUUUCAGUAAAUGGUUGUUCAUGUUCAUGUGCACAAACACACACACACCAGUGGUCUGGGCCUUUAGAGUUUAACUUUCGGUCGGUUAAAGUAUAGGGCCAUGAUGUGUAGGCAGGAGGUCCCUGGGUCAAGCCUCACAGAGUAGUACCUUUUAUUGCUGUGACGUCACCCGGCAGAUCAUCAUAAUGAAGCCUUAAGGGUUGGUGGGUCAGAGGAUGGAGGGUGGCGUGACACUCAGAGUGACCAUGCCCAUGAUGGAGGAGGUCCCCGGUUUGAGCCCCAGGCAGGGCAGUAUCUGUUUUUGUGUCACAUAACUCGGCAGAUCAUCAUCAUGAACCCUUAAUGAUCGGCGGUUGAUGGAUGGAUGGUGGCGCGACACGCUGAGUGAUUGUGCUUUCAAUCAGAAGAUCCCUGGUUCGAAUCAUGGGUAGGGCAGUAUCUGUUUUUGCAUCACAUCACUCGGCAGAUCAUCAUCAUGAACCCUUCCAGUCCAUCAGUCCAUGGAUGGAUGGUGGCGUGAUGCGCUGAGUGACCGUGUCUGUGUUCAAGGAGGGCCCUGAUACAAGCCUCGGCAGAGUAGUAUCUUUCAUUUCCGUCGCGUCACCCGGCAGAUCAUUUUCUUGAAGCCUUAAGGGUUACGGCGUCAGAGGAUUGACAUUGGCACGUCACACUGAGCAACCGUUUCUGCAAUCAGUUGGUCCCUGGUUCGAGCCUCGGCAGAGUCGUAUCCUUUAUUUCCGUCGCGUCACCCGGCAGAUCAUUACCUUGAACCUUUAAGGGUCAGUUGAUCAGAAGAUGGAGGGUGGCGCAACACACAGAGCGACCGUGUUUGCGACCCGGCGAUUGCUGGUUCAAGUCUCGGCGAAGUAGUAGCUUUUAUUUCCAUCGCGUCACCCGGCAGGUCAUUAUAGUGAACCCUUUAGUGUUGGUGGGUCAGAGGAUCGAGGGUGGCACGACACACAGAGCGACUGUGUUUGUGAUCCGGAGGUCACUGGUUUGAGUCUCGGUGGAGUCGUAGCUUUUAUUUCCAUCGCGUCACCCGGCAGGUCAUUAUAGUGAACCCUUAAGUGCUGAAAAGUCACAGGAUGGAGGGUGGUGCAACACACUGAGUGACGGUGCCUGCAGUCAAGAGGUCUCUGGUUCGAGCCUCGGCAGAGUAGUAUCUUUUAUUUCCGUCGCGUCAACUGGCAGAUCAUUUUCUUGAACCCUUUAGUGUUGGUGAGUUAGAGGAUCGAGGGUGACGUGACACACAGAGCGACCGUGUUUGCGAUCCGGAGGUUGCUGGUUCGAGUCUCGGCGGAGUAGUAGCUUUUAUUUCCAUCGCGUCACCCGGCAGGUCAUUAUAGUGAACCCUUAAGUGCUGAGGGGUCAGAGGAUGGAGGGUGGCACGACACACUGAGCAACCGGGCUUAUAAUCAAGAGGUCCCAGGUUCGAGCCUCAGCAGAGUAGUAGCUUUUAUUUCCAUCGCAUCACCCGGCAGGUCAUUAUAGUGAACCCUUAAGUGCAGAUGGGUCCGAGGAUGGAGGGUGGUGCAACGCACUGAGUGACCGUGUCUGCGAUCGAGGAAGUCCGCGGUCUGAGUCUCGGCAGAGCCGUAUCUUUUAUUUCCGUCGCGUCAAUCGGCAGAUCAUUUUCUUGAACCCUUAAGGGCUUGUUGGUCAGAGGUUGGAUGGUGGCGCGACACACUGAGCGACCAUGUCUGUGAUCGAGGAGGUCCCCGGUUCAAACCACGGCAGAGUAGUAUCCUUUAUUUCCGUCACGUCACCCGACAGAUCAUUAUCUUGAAGCCUUAAGGGUUACGGCGUCAGAGGAUGGAGGGUGGCACGUCACACUGAGCAACCGUGCCUGCAAUCAGUAGGUCCCUGGUUCAAGCCUUACAGAGUAGUCACUUUUAUUGCCGUCACGUUACCAGGCAGAUCAUCAUAAUGAAGCCUUAAGGAUUGGAGAAUUGGAGGAUUGGAGGGUUGGGGGAUGGUGCAACACACAGAGAUGACCAUGCCGGCGAUGGAAAAGGUCCCCGGUUUGAGCCCGAGGCUAAGCAGUAUCUGCUUUUGCGUCACGUCACCCGGCAGAUCAUCAUAAUGAAGCCUUAAGAGUUGUUGGGUCACAGGGUGGAGGGUGGUGCAACACAAUGAGUGACCGUGCCUGCAAUCAGGAGAUCGCUGGUUCAUGCGCAGCCUUGGCAGAAGAGAUAGGCGGUAUGUGUGUGUAUCCUUUAUUUGGCAAGAUAGGGAAAAAGAACAUAUAUGCGAAAAACAGUGCAUCAAAGCAGUGGUGGUGAGUGGCGCUGCAGGCUAAACCACUGUAUCUGUGAGCAGCAGGUUGCUGGUUCAAGCCUAUCCUUGACAGAAGAGAUAGGUGGUACGUGUGUGAUUCCCUUAUUUGGCAAGAGAGGGAAAAAAAAUACAUAUAUACGAAAAACAGCGCACAAACAUGGGUGGUGAGUGGCACUGCAGGCUAAACCACUGUAUCUGUGACCAGCAGGUUGCUGGUUCAAGAUCAGCCUUGGCAGAAGAUAUAGGUGGUGCGUGUGUGAAUCCUUUAUUUGGCAAGACAGGGAAAAAAAGACAUAUAUACAAAAAACAGCAUCCAAGUAGGAGUGUUGAGUGGUGCUGCAGGCUAAGCCUCUGCAUCUGUGAUCAGAAGGUUGCUGGUUCGAAUCCAGCAUCAGCAGAGUAGCCACAGCAAUGGAGGAGGGGUCACUGAGAUGGAGGAGGGACCACAGAGAUGGAGGCAGGGCCACAGAGAGACAAGUGGGACAUGAGAGCAAAUCGCGCAAAAAAAUUUUUUUUUUUCUCCAAAAAAGGGUGGUGAGUGGCUAAUCUCUGCACUUGUGAUCGGGUCAGUGUGCUCAAGCCUGCCCUCAGCGGAAUAGUUACAGGGCAGGCCCUCGAGCACACUGACUGAGUCUGCUCUCUCUCUCCUUUCACUCCUCUCUUUUUCACACACACACUCCACACACUGCACUCUCCUCCACACACUCCACUCCUCCACACUGUAGGGUCAGCCAGCGCAUCCAAGGACCCAACCUGUAACCAUCCCGCUGAGGGCGGGCUUGAACCACCAACCUCAACUUUCCGAUCACAAGCACAGCGACUUAGCCCACUGAGCCAUUCACCAGUCCCAUUCAGGGAUCAUCUUUUCGUAAUUUUGACUCUCAAACACGUACAGGUCAGAGCAGAUCCGGUUUACACAUCUGUAGCGAUUUCUGAACAACUUUUUACUCGGAUCCAGUUCAGAGUCAACUUGCUAUGCAGCCCCUCAGAAUUGGGACACCUGCCUUUACACACACAUGAACUUUAAUGACAUCCCAUUGGUUGGACGAGAAGGCCUGGCUCGGGGUCUCCGCACUGAUUCAUCCCAAAGGUCUUCUGUCGGAUUGAGGUCAGGGCUCUGUGCAGGCCAGUCUAGUUCCUCCACACCAGACUCACUCAUCCAUGUCCUUAUGGACCUUGUUUUGUGCACUGGUGCGCAGUCAAUGUUGGAUUAGGAAGGGGCCAUCCCCAAACAAAUUUGGCUAAUUUGAAGACCAUAUGAAGUUUGUAGGUCUGCAGCUACUGACUCUGCAGACAGUUGGUGACUUCUGCACACUGUGUGCCUCAGCAUGUGUUGUCCCGCUCUGUGAUUUUACAUGGCCUAUCAGUUUGUGGCUGAGUUGCUGUUAUUCUUCCACUUUGUUAUAAUGCCACUAUCAGUUCACCAUGGAAUAUUUAGUAGCAAAAUUUCACAAAUGGACGUAUUGCACUGGUGGUAUCCUAUCACGAUACCAUGCUUGAAUUCACUGAGCUCCUGUUCGACAUUCCGCCAUCCGAUACCAUGUCCCCCCCCUUAUUGGCUAGGCACCUCAUCCUUGGAUACACGCCAGCCCCUCCAACACAUGAUGGGUGUAUACAAGAAGUUUUACGAUCUAUACAUCUUGAAAUGCUACGUAUUUCAUUGCAGGGGUGAACCCAUCUAGUACUUAAACAGCAUCGGUCUCCUCUAGUGUAAGAACCUGGUCUUUGAUAAACCUCAGGACAGGGCCCCCAAGUCUUACGAAAGGUCUUUAAAGACCAUCCAAUGCUGGUGGCCGUUAGGGAAAUGAGGAAACAACUUUUGCACAAAGUGUCUGCUUUUAAAUAAAUGAAACAGAUGUUUCUUUGGCAUGUUAUGCUUGACUGAUAGGAUUGUGACUGUUGCAAACACCCCAUCCUCAUAUAAACUAUUAAUAGUUUUGAGCCAGUUUUUUGGCCAUUUAAGAAAGGCAGCUAAAGUUUUUUUAUACCUUUAAACAUUAACAAAAGCCAUUAAUGUCUUUUCUUUAAAAUUUAAAAGUCGAUUUCUGUCUGUUUUUUCGUGAUACGUUAGUGAACGACUAAGUUAGGGUGCUUUGGGGUUUGGUCACACAUCGCAAUCGGCAACUUAAAGUUAAACUCUAAAGCACCCCGACCUCCGGGUUGUGUGUUUGUGCGCAUGAGCAUGAAUAAACAUUUACUGAAAAACCAUAUUUAUUAAAAUGCGUAAAUCCCAGCCAAAGCACAGCAGAGUACCUGAUCUGAAGCUGCUUGCUUAGCCAACAGACAACGGCCUGGCCUCCCUCUGUCAGCCUGACCUGCCUCCGUCAGCCUGGCCUCCCUCCGUCAGCCUGACCUCCCUCCGUCAGCCUGGCCUGCCUCCGUCAGCCUGACCUCCCUCCGUCAGCCUGGCCUCCCACUGCUCCUCCCACUGCUCCUCCCACUGCUUGGCAUCUCCUUCUCAUCUUUCUAACCCCUCUGGAUCUCUGGGACUAAGUGACCACAGCGAAAGACUUUCAAAGAUGACAUUCCAGGCCUCUUGUUUACAAACCAAGCACAGCUGUGUAAAAAAAACUGAAAAAUCAAUCUCGUUUCUAAAGAGCUUCAAGAAUCUUCUCUUUCAUGACUGAGUUCCCUACGAAGGCCAGAAAAAUGUCGCUUUAUAUAUGAGGCAGAUUCACGAGGGCUUGGCAAAUCCCGCACAACAGCUCAUUUUUUUCAGCUGUAGACACACGCAAUGCUGUGGACAGGAAACUCCCCCCUCAUCCCCAGCCCUGGAGGUGUGAGACAGUAGCACUGCUCACUGAGUCACUCUAAUAGUACCAGUUAACAUGCAAAGCUGAAUUACACUGAGUCUGUUACAAGAGGAUUUCCAGCCGUUAGCUAACAAUAGACUGCUAUCACGUUUCUACAGCUGAACUUUAAACCAGCCCUGGCCUGAUAUCAAUUAAAAACACACCAGGCCUUUUUUUGUUGGGCCCGCGUCAUUAGGUAAAUGAUCAGACUACAUGGAUAUGUGAUGUCAGGCCAGCGUUGCCUCUGUGAGGGCUUUUCCGAUUGGCCGAGCUCAGGAGGGCAGUAACUGUGAGGGCUUUUCCGAUUGGCUGAGCUCAGGAGGGCAGUAACCGUGAGGGCUUUUCCGAUUGGCUGAGCUCAGCAGGCCAGUAGGUGAGUCCAGACCUUUGUCAGUAAGCAACCAGCUGGUUACAGUAAGGGGAAUACAUCUCUCAAAGAGCUGUAUGCAAUAGGGACACUACUCCACAUAACAUUCUGUUAGUUUGUGUGUCGAUUUAUCCAGCUGUCUACACGAUCUACCGUUCUCCUUGGGUUGUGGAAAGCAAGAUAUUUGUGAAUAAUAACGGAAUCUCCCUUCUCCUUCCUGUCUUGCUUUCUCACCACCUUGAGCGCCUGUAAGCAAGGGGACAUAGACAGACUCGACGGCCCAAACACAAUGGUUCCUCUCAAGUCAGUGACACCUCAAGUCAGUUACAGGUUGUCUCAUGUCUUACAAUUAGAAUCAGAAUCAUAAAUAUCUUUAUUGGGCAAGUAUAUUAAAUGUAUUGAGGGAUUUGCCUUGUGAGUGCUCUGGUAGAACAUUAGAUAAUUCUAACAUUAAUGUGGGCCCCCUGUCUUGCCUUACAAACACAGUUCACGCGACAUCGUGGGUAUUUUCGCAGUAACGUGCUUGGCUGACCUCCUCCUUCCCUUGAGCCUGUGCCCAAGGACAAACGUACCAAAGACAGGCUAAUGUAAAUGCCAGAGUUUCUUCUUUUUAAAUUUUAAUUAUUCUUCUGUUUUGAAAAGGCCCCAUUUCCUUGCAAGUUAAUUAUAGCCGAAAUCCCAGUCCCACAAAGAUGUGUUCUGAGCAGCAGAGUAAAUAUCACACACCAUCUGUCAUUUGCUGCGUUUGAAGAAAUCCGUGAGUUUUUAAACUGGAAUGUCCGUCUUUUCUAGAGUUGUGUUAUAAACCGGACUGUUUUUCUAUGCCUGAAAAUUCAAUGGCUGUCUGGUGUCCAGAGACCAAUUUUAUCUGAAAUGUAUGUUACUGUUUACACGUGUGCUGCAUUGUAGGAGGUGAAAAGAAAAAUAUGCUUGCAAAUCACAAAAUAAAAACACAAAAAAACAUGAUUUUAUCCGAGUUGGUGAGUAAUGGUAGUCUGUUACAGAAGCUCGUAAUAUAAACAGCAGGCGUCACGUUAAGCACUAAAGAAUCUGUUCGUUUGGCCGACAAUUUUGUGAAGCCUUAUCAGAAAGCACAGGUAUGGAGAACACAGACAGCUUUGGAAAAAAAUGAGACCACUCUAUAUUUAAAAAUCUGCAUUUUUAAAUCCUGGCUUAAUCCUUGUUCUGGUAGCAGAAGACUACACUGCAAGACAGGCUGCUUCCAGGCUCAAAGUUUCUAAGACAGCAGUGCACAAGAACAACGUGAAGCAGGAGACACUGGGAAUGAGCAAAGACCAGCCAAGGAGAGGGCAGAAGCGACUUUCUAAUGGCGGAGAUGAUCAUCAAGUUAUCCGACAGUGCCUCAUGAAUUGGAGGAUGACCUCAAGUGACCUUCAAAGAGAAUGAGAAACAUUCAGGGUGUGAAAUGCACUGCUAGUAUCAGGCUGCUAGAAGCAGGACUGAAGUCCCAUAAAAUAAGGAAGAAGCCCUUCAUUAAUGAGAAGCACGGAAGAGCCGGGCUAGAGUUUGCAAAACAAUGUAUAUUUUAUAAAAGUACUCAUAAAUUGAGAAAUUUUGCUGUGGUCUAUUAAUUUUUUCAGAGCUUUAUACGUGCGUGUGACGAUUAUUUAAAUCACGUUUACCGCCAAUAAUUGAAAGGUUGCGGACAACCUGGGCAAUGCAGAGCACGAGUCUGCAAUGCCGAUAAUGUCCACCAGUCGGCGCCUUUUUGAAUAGAAGUUUAAGUCGCUGAUAUGAACAAAGCUGUCUGUAGAUUGCAUAUAAUAUGCUGUCCUCUUUGCCUUAUAAUGUGCAUUGGUUCGCUGUGCAUUAUUUGCUGUAUUAACUGUGUAUAUAUUUGCUGUAUUAACUGUGUAUAUAUUUGCUGUAUUAACUGUGUGUAUAUUUGCUGUAUUAACUGUGUGUUUGCUGUAUAUGUGAAAUAAAUAAAGUUGUAUAUUUACAGAUUA